UCUUAAAACCCUAGGCACCGAAACCCUCGCCCGUCGUCUCUCAGCUCCUUCCCAUCGCCCCCAGAGCAUCUCCGGGCUGUUCUCCGAGGUCAAAAGAGAAAGGAAUCGAAAUUUUCUAUAGAAUAUGGCUCGCUUCAAGAAUAAGAGGAAUAAGAAGGUGGUCGCCAAGCCACCAGCGGCGAAGAAGCAGCCGAACGUGGAUCAGGUCACCGGCGACAAGAUCCCCAAGAGCUUCGUCUUCUCCAGGGGCAAGCUUCCGGGCCCUCUCAAACAGCUGGAAUUGGACCUCCGAAAGGUCAUGCUCCCCUACACCGCCCUCAAAUUAAGGGAGAAGAAAAGAAAUAACCUCAAGGACUUCUUGAACGUUGCUGGACCGAUGGGCGUCACUCAUUUCCUGAUGCUAUCGAAUCCAAGAAGCGUUCCCCAUUUGCGCGUCGCGAGGACGCCUCGAGGACCGACGCUUAUAUUCGAAAUCCAUGGGUAUGCGCUCGCGAACGAUGUUGCUCGGUCCCAGGCUCGUCCGAGAUGCCCCCAAGAACUCUUCAAGAACUCACCUCUGAUUGUGCUUUCUGGCUUCGGGGGUGGAGGUCAACAUUUAAAGCUCGCCACAAUUAUGUUUCAGAAUAUAUUUCCUGCUAUUGAUAUAAAUACUGUGAACCUCUCAGCAUGUCAGAGGAUCGUGCUGUUGAAUUACAACAGUGAGACAAAGCUUAUUGAUUUUCGGCACUAUUCCAUUAGGUUACAACCAGUUGGUGUCUCUCGUAGGAUAAGAAAGUUUGUGCAGAGCCAUCAAGUACCAGAUUUGAGGGGUCUUCAGGAUGUUAGCGACUUUGUGACCAAGGCUGGUUAUGCAUCAGAAAGCGAAGUAGAUGAAGACACAGCAACAGUAAGUCUGGCAAGCGAUCUUGGUAGGGUAAACCGUGCAUCCACUAAAAGUGCUAUCAAACUUCAGGAGAUUGGACCGAGGAUGACAAUUCGUUUAGUUAAAAUUGAAGAAGGAUUAUGCUCUGGAGGUGUCAUAUUUACUGAAUUUGGGAAAGAAGCUGCUGAAGCAAAUCAAGAAGCGGAUGAAGAAGCACAACAAGAAGCAUAGCUUCUUUGGCGGACUGUCUUUGCAGAUCAAUGAAAACUAUGAAGAGUGCCUGAAUAACUCACUAUCCAAAAUGUAACACAACUGCACGAUGAGCCAGCUACCAUCCAUUUGAGAUAUGCCAACAUAAAGAUGUUCAAGUGUCUGCUUCAUUACUUUUUCUUGGUGGAAAGAAAUACUGGGCAAAAAAAAACAUAUGCUGUAAAAAAAGAAAACCCUUAUGGGUUGUUUUGGUCAUUUUAUUCACUUUUAGGUGCUAAAGGAGAGCUUUUUCUCAUGCUGAUGGAAGAGAGGCUUGGAAACACUGUAGCUAACUGUUUUAUUGUUCACAAGUUUUGGUUGCCGAUUGAUAUUUUAAUGCAUGAUACCAUGGGAAGCUUGUUAA